AAGGCAGGCGGCAGCACUCGCAGACUGGCCACGGCACUGGAGUCGGCAUGGCUCGCCAUCCCUGUGGGUACCUUCCAGAACCUCACUGACUCUCUUCCUGCACGUCUCGCAGCUGUCCGCGCUGCGAAAGAGUCGUUGAGCGGAAGCCGAGAGGCAGAGACGUGCUCACCGCAGUCGGAAGGAGGAGGGAAAGGGGGGCUGGCCGGGGUGGCAGUCGCCUCUGUCGGUGCGGGCGGAGGCGUCCUCGUCGUCCUGGUUCUCGCCUUCUGGCUCGGGAAGAAAAUAAGGGAGCGGAAGCGAACGUGGUCCGAGGGGACUCCCAUCCAGGAACUGCCGGGUUCCCUUUCCCUCGACCGACUUGGACCAGAUGCCGAGGGGGACACUGCUGGGGAAAAUCUGGCGCCCACCUCGAAAUCGGAAGAGGACAGGCCUCCUUUAAAGCCGGGAGAGUCCCCUUCUCCCAGCGAAUCAGGACGAGACGAAACCGACGAAAGCAUCGGAUUGAAAGUGACGCUGACGACGACAUCCAGUCGGUGGCAUCGAGACGCCAUCACGCAGCACUGGGAAGCCCUGCUCGAGCGCAUGGACGCGGUGAAGGUGGAAGACCACAUGAUCUCGAAGAAGAAGCUCCGACUCCGAGACCAAGAGAGACUGAACGCAGCGACAUCCCCGAGGAGGCGACGAAGCGCCCUGCUCCGCUUCGUGCACGACGGGGACCCCGACGUCUUCCGUGCAUUCGCGGAGGGCCUCGUUCGGGCGAAUCAAGCCUUUCUGGUCGGAAUGCUUUCUUCGUUUACCGCUGCGGCGUCAUGA